AUGUCUGACGAAGCAGCAAAUACAAAUCUGAUCAAUUCAGAAAGCUCUUCUUCUUCACCACCACCACCAUUACCACCAAGAAAAUCUCUUGAUGCAACGCUGCCAACUUCCCCGAAUGGAUAUGAUAAGAAACUUCCAGGACUCCCACUUGGUGCCAAUCAAGUAACGUUUGAGUUGAAUGAUUCAGUGUCACAGAUAUCUGCAGUUAGACAAUGUGAUAUUUACAAUUCCGCUCAAUCAAACGAGACUUCAGAUUUGUUUAUCAACCACAACUUGGGUCAAAACACAAUCAGAUCAAAAUUGGAUAGUAUUGAACCAGAUUCUGAUGAAAAAACAAAGUAUUGGAUCGGGAUAAUUGAAGAUUACAGCAACCAGUUUUUGAGAAACAAGGAAAUGAGACAAUUAGAACAGGAGGUUUUGAAAGGUAUUCCAGAUAGUAUCAGAUAUUAUGUUUACUUGAAGACAAUGGUGCUUAGACAAAAACUCAACUCAAAGGAGAGUUUUGCUGGAUUGUUAACGAAGGCAAGACAAUCGCGAGAUGAAUAUAUUGAGAAUUUGAACGUGGAAUCUAAAGGCAGGGAAGUGUUGAUGGUGCUUAACUAUUAUAUUAAUGAAAUUACAAAUAGCAAAGCAGAAAUCGAAAGUACGACAGAGGAGGUACAUGAAGACUUGGUUCAGGUUCCCGUUAGUCGGUUUGCCAUUAACGUUUGUGGUUUGAUAUCCACGCUCCCUGAUAUUUCACAAGAAGAUGUAUUUUAUUUGCUCCUCAAGUUCAAUAGAAUCUUUUCGAAUUUGAACAAGGAUGAAUUUUUCUACAAAAUUAGCCGAUCGUUGGAAGAAGAAUUGUUUGACACUUUUAAACAUAUCAGCGUCCAAGGUAUUAAUUUAAACAAUUUGUACAGAAACAUUGCUGUACAAUUUUUCAACAGCGAAUUGCUUGAUCUACAUGUCUGUUUACAGAUUCUUGAUUUUGUGGUAUUUGAAGGUUUUGAUUUUAUUCUCCGUUUGAUAAUAUCAUUGUUUAGCAGUAACAAGUCCAAGAUUUUAGAGUUAGAAGGUGACGAUUUGCUUCGUUUUCUUGCGUCUCCAGAAUUUUUAACUGGUGUAGGUGUUGAUUUUGCCGAUACGUUGACUCAAGAGCCGAAGAUCAUACAAUACGAAAAUGAAUUUUACUUGAUAAAUGCCAACUCCUUGAGCAAUAACAGUAACGAGUUGACUAAUUUGAAAGAGAUUAAUGAUGAGUUGGUGAUAAAGAUAAAUGAGUUGAGGAGGAAAAUCGACAGUUUGCAAGCCACCCACCUUGAAAUAUCCAACCAGAGUGAAGAAUACACUACAAACUUAAAUAAAGCAGAAGCGGAGAAUAAGAAUUUAACUAAGACAGAGGCAGAAUUACAAGAAAAAUAUCAGCAAUUGACGAUGGCAGAAAACUUGAGCAACACGAUCAAAGCAAAUGAAGAAUUUUCACAAAGAAACGAGGAGUUGGAACAACAAAUUGUUUCAUUGAAGAAAUCAGUAGAAGAGAAGAAAGCCAAGUUGACCAAAAUAAAGGGAUAA